AGAAGGACCGUCAAACGGCUUUACACACGCCGAGCUGAGCUGUAAUUUCCACCGAGGGCCUGUGUUUUAUCUGAUGCGAUGUUAACGCUGCAGAAAACCGGCGAUGGAUGACGCAAACACAGGCUUAAUAAUAACUACGUUACUUCGACCACCAGUCGCGUGUAUUGGCUUAGAUUGUUUGCUAAAACUUUGAAACCGUGAACUGAUCUUGGUUUAUCUAUUUGUAUCAAAUAAAAACCUUUUUUUUUUCGGUUGUAGCGCACCUUGUCUAAAUUACAGCACCUUAUCUAAUCAAAAAACGCGAAAAAGCUCCCACGCGUUGAGGUGCUGAAAUUUUUCUGGAAAGUCAAGUUUACAGACAAAAGAAGAACUGAAAUGGCCCCGACUCUGUAUGAUGAGAAACCAGAGCUUGGGGACUUGAUAGAAAUUUUCCGUGGAUCCUACCAGCACUGGGCUGUGUACAUUGGCGAUGGUUUCGUUGUUCACUUGGCACCGCCCUCUGAGACCCCGGGAGCAGGCGUCAACAGUAUGAUGUCCGUCCUAACUGAGAAGGCUCUGGUGAAGAAAGAGGAGCUGUGGGAUGUGGUGGGAACCAACCGGUGGGAAAUAAACAAUAACCUGGACAAGGAGUAUGAGCCUCGCCCAGUUCACAUCAUUGUGAAGGAGGCCUGUGCGCUGGUGGGCAAGGAGCUCCCGUACUGCGUCUUCAGAGGGAACUGUGAGCACUUUGUCAACGAGCUGCGUUACGGCAAGGCAGAGUCCCGCCAGGUGCGUAAGGCAGGAGAAGCAGUCGCGAUUGCAGGAGCGGUGGGGCUGGGUAUUUUCGGCAUCGUGGCUCUGGCAGGAGCUCUGUUUGGAGGCAGCAAAAAAGAAAACAAGAACACACAGUGAUGGAAGUCCUGAUUCGCCUGUUCACUGGCUUGCUUAACAGAUCACCAGCAAAGCCUAACUCGCACUGACCGUGAUCAGUCUCAGUCAACUCAUAACUAAUACACGUACAACUAUUUCUGAGUAAGCAGGAACUCUGUCGGAUUUCUACCUUGUCUACUCAACUUUUCCUCCAUCUAUCCCUCAUGCCUUUUUUAGCUUGAUAAACAGUGAGAGGCUGGUUGGUUUGGGAUCAAAACACUACGUUUUUCAGACUUUUUCAAAUUUCUAUCACUAGCCCAUAUGAGCACAACAAACAGGACUUCCACCAAUUAAGGUGCCAAUAUUAUUAAGAGUUUUAAUAAGACAGUUUGAAGAUGAAUAAAGAUAUUUUUUGGAUUGUGAACAAUGUGAGAUUCAUGAGGGUGGGGUGGGGGGUUCUUUUGUACUGAUUAAAACUUCACAGGAAAACUGCUCACUGAGAAAUGUGAUGGGCAUUUGAAUCAGCUUUUGUUGAUAUCUGACUUUUGUUAGCCAGUGCUUAAUAAGCUAUCUAACAAGAAUAUUUAAUAAUCAAAAUAAACUAAUAUGAUGACAUUGUUACUACAUUUCACAGGAAAGCCAUGUAAUGUCAUGUUAUACCACUUUGUCGUCCACUGACGAUGUUUGUUUCUAAAUGAUUUGAAUAAAGAAUAAUUUGUGUGAACCUUGA